AUACGUGGUCAGAAGUUGGAAUCAAAAUUUCAACAGCACGGGUUUGUCUCAUCCAGAUUCCUUUAAUUUGAAAACGACAUCUACUGGCGGUCGUUUCGAAGAAUUUUCGCGCAUUCCUCCCUUACUUACCUCUCUUUCUCUCCCCGACUGUCUUGCUGUCUGUUCAAACUUUUCUUCCUGUAACUUCAGGUACGCUGCAGGGAGUUGGUUGGACUAAGCAGUGAAAGAGGCGGGGAGUGAAAUUUUAGCUGCUAUUAGCUAUAUAUAUAUAUGUAUAUAUAUUUGUGUGUUAGAGAUGGGGUGGGGAACAUUUACAGGAGACGUGCGAAAGUAUUUACAUUGGCCAUGAUAAUUUACAUCGAUUAUAAGGCUUUACAGAAAAGAGAGAAAUUCAUGAAGAAACCGAAAAGUGAUGCAUUGUGGAAGAAGGCCCAUGAGCGGAAUGCUAAGCGUCUUUUUAAUUUGAUGGUAGAGUUGGAAGGUUUGUGGGUGAAACUUUGACAGUAUUUGUCCUCACGUGCUGAUGUGCUUCCUUCUGCUUUCAUUUCAAUUCUCAAGCAGUUGCAGGACUCUCUCCCUCCUCGUCCGUUUCAAGAGGUUCGCCACACUAUAGAGAAAGAACUAGGGAAAUCCACGAAGGAGCUUUUCUUGGAUUUUGACGAAAAUCCUCUGGCGACAGCAUCAAUUGCACAAGUCCAUCAUGCGACAUUAAUUGAUGGGCAGAAGGUGGUUGUUAAAGUUCAACAUGAAGACAUCAAAAAAUCAUAUGGGAGGAUUUAAAGGAUGCAGAAUCCAUUGUUGACUGGAUAGCAUGGGCAGAACCGCAGUAUAACUUCAGCCCUAUGAUCGAUGAAUGGUGCAAAGAAGCUCCAAAAGAACUCGACUUCAAUCACGAAGCAGAGAAUACCAGAACCGUGUCUCAAAAUCUUGGCUGCACAAGCAAAUAUGAUAGCAACAAGCCCAUCAAUCAAGUGGAUGUUUUGAUUCCAGAGGUUAUUCAGGGGGACCAUGUUGCUCUUUUGUCUUCCUUUUCUGAAAUGGGACUUAAGCUGCGCCUGGACUUUCCUGAGCAAGCUAUGGAUUUUAUCAGUGUCUUCUUCCGCACAUCAACAUCUGCAAGUGAAGCUGCUGAAUAUGCCAAAUCUUUGGGAGAGCAAAGAGCAAGAAACAUGAAGGUGCUACAGGAAAAGAUGAAUCUCAGCCAAAAGGAAGUUAAACGAUUUAAUCCAAUUGAUGCAUUCCCUGGUGAUAUGGUAAUAUUUUCACGGGUUAUUGGUCUUCUGAGACGACUUUCUACCACGUUGGAUGCUCACAUAGUAUAUCAUGAUACUAUGAGACCAUUUGCCGAAUCUGUUCUGCAAGAGAAGAUUGCUGAGGGGCCAUCAGAAAAUGCACAGUGGAUCAAUGACACACCAGUUGAUUCUGACGUGGAGGCAAAGCCGAGGCAGAUUUUAGUCGAGUUAGGGAAUAAUGACAAAAUACUUGGAAUCCAGGUCUGCAUGGUUCCAUUUUUUUCUGACAAAGUAGCAUAAAUGAGAAUCUUAAGAAUAACUUGUUAACAACUGUAAAACUAAUCCCUUAUUUAUUUUAUCUUGGCGGCUUUCUCAAAUUAUCGAUGGAUACCACUUAAAUUUGCCUGAAUUAGACGAUCCAAUAACCCCUUAACAGUAUUGCAAUGACAAUUGCUUCUUCC